GACGAGGAGCUGAGCAGGAGAGAGAGGAGCCCCGCUCCCCAGGCUGUGCCGGUGCACCUGUAGAGCCUCUGCUGCCCAGCCACAGCACUGCCCUCAAUGAGUUAUUUCCCCCGGGGAAGCACACAGCAGCCUGCCGGAGAUGUUCUCCUGUUUCAUUUGGCUCUCCCUCCCCUGCUUCGUGAACACCUUCCCGACCUCAGGAAAGCUCCCCCUCAACAGAAGCCUUGAGGAGGUGCUGGAAAUCCCAACCAUCUCGGGGUUCUUCCCCUGGGAUAACGACACGCUGGCCGACUGGCAGAGCUUUGUGGGCAGGAGCCGGCACGGGGCAGACUCCCAGCACGUGGCAGCCAAAGCUCUGCUCAUCGCGGCGUACUCCAUCAUCAUCGUCUUCUCCCUCUUCGGCAACGUCCUGGUCUGCCACGUCAUCAUCAAGAGCAAACGCCUGCGCUCCGCCACCAGCCUGUUCAUCGUCAACCUGGCCGUGGCCGACAUCAUGAUCACGCUUCUCAACACGCCUUUUACACUGGCUCGUUUUGUGAACAGCACGUGGAUAUUUGGGAAGGGGAUGUGCCAUGUCAGUAGGUUCGUGCAGUACUGCUCGCUCCACGUCUCUGCUCUGACCCUCACAGCCAUUGCCGUGGACAGGCACCAGGUCAUAAUGCACCCUCUGAAACCUCGCUUACCUAUGGCAAAAGGCGUUAUCUACAUCUCUGUAAUUUGGGUCAUGGCAGCUUGUUUUUCCCUCCCACAUGCUAUCUACCAAAAACUCUUUACUUUUGAAUACAGUGAGGAAGUCACCCGGUGCCUGUGCAUCCCAGAUUUCCCUGAGCCAGCCGACCUCUUCUGGAAGUACCUCGACUUAACGACCUUCGUUUUGCUCUACGUCCUGCCCCUGCUGAUCAUCUCUGCUGCCUACAUGACAGUGGCCAAGAAACUCUGGCUGCGCAACGUCAUUGGGGACGUCACCACCGAGCAGUACUUCGCCCUUCGCAAAAAAAAUAAGAAGACUAUAAAGAUGUUGAUGCUCGUUGUCAUCCUCUUUGCCAUCUGCUGGUUUCCCUUAAAUUGCUACGUCGUCCUGCUCUCCAGCCAAACCAUCCGCUCCAACAACGCCCUGUACUUCGCCUUUCACUGGCUUGCAAUGAGCAGCACCUGCUACAACCCCUUCAUCUACUGCUGGCUCAAUGACAGCUUCCGGGCAGAACUGAAGGCUUUGCUCAACAUCUGCAGAAAACCUCCCGGCCCUGUGGAACAGAGGCUUCCCUCCACUGUCCCUUCCUACCGACUGGCGUGGCCUGAAAACAGCCACUUCAAGAGGCUGCAGGUCUCUCAUGUCCCUGCCGCAGCCUCCAACAGCCACUUAGGAAAGACGGACAUCUCUGCAGUUGAGCCCAUAGUAGCUGUGAGCUAAUUGGUGGCCCUGUGAGAUGGACACGGACCAUGCUUAGGUUUGGCUGCAUCUAAGCAGGUGGGAAGAUGUGGAGAUGUGGCCUAAGCAGAUACUGUGCCAGCUCCUGUGGUUGCACUGAAAAGCCCAACUCCAUGGCUGGUAGUGUGAAACUCUGAUGGUAAUGGCACAGAGACUCCAAAGGGAAGAAAGCAAAGCCUUGCCAGGAAUGAGCUCUCUUUUCGUCUUGGUCAAGCUGACUUUGGGUCUGCUGGACAGGAGGGAUUCUCUGCAUGCAUCUCUGUUAUUUGCAUGGCCGAGUCUGUACCACUGGAGCCAUUUGUUUGCUUUGCUGGUAUUUAAACACUCAAGCAGCAGUCUGAUUGAACGUGACGUGAAGCCUCCCUCCCCUUAGUCUCACAGUAGCAGCACACAGACAGUAGAGAUGUAGAGGCAGAGGUUGCUGGUUUGAAUUUUUUUCUCCCUUUUGUGAAAAUAUCUUCAGAGAGGUGGAGGGAUAAUAAACAGCCAUUGGAAAUUAGAGCUGUCUUUUACAUCACAAGUGCUCCUCCUAAGGUAGGAUUGAAGGAAACUCGAUGGCUAUUCUUUGUGUAAACAGAUGGCAAACACCAACCUGUUAGCUCUGCAUCUGUUGCCAGUGCUAAAUCACACAGAACUGUACCUUCGUGAAACAGGCAUGAAUAUUCAUAAAGCUGUAAUUCAGAAAGAGAUGUAAGGCCUGAGCCCCUUGGACGUAUUGUCUGUGGUUGGAGCAGUGAUGGUUGAUUUGAGUUGGGAUUGGGACCUGUUAAUCAGAGAAUCAUAGAAUGGUUUGAGUUGGAAUGGACUUUGAAAGGCGAUCGAGUCCAACUCCCCACAGUGAGCAGGGACACCUACAGCUCAGUCUGGUGCUCAGAGCCCCAUCCAGCCUGGAUGAGAUGCUUUGGAUCAGAGCAUCUCUGUGCUGUUGCCAGGUGGUGGCUGAAGAAUCCCACAGUAUGACUUUUUACUUUCUCUAUUACUGUUGCUCUCUUCUAUAAAGCACCUGGGAAUUUCUCAGAUCAGACACGUGGGAUAUUUCAUCCCAGCUAAGGUGUUCCCACUGAUGAUCCCAACUAAGCUCACUGGAACCAAUUCAUAAAUAAACUGCUGUAAUGAUAUCUGUGAUAGCAAGUAAUAAAAAAGGGAAGAUUUUUGCAAGAUAUCCUCUUGUGAAUGAACAAUUUUAGUGCAUUUAGAGAUGGGUGAAAUGUGUCCUUCAUGGACAGCCAUUAAGAAAUUGAUAAGACUGCAGCUACCUGGUGUAGAUUGCAGAACUUAAUGUUCGUAGCAGAAAAAUAUCAGAUUCUGAACAAGACAAACCAAAGAGCAUUUGAAAAACGUUGCCUUGUGUCGCACAGGGAAACAGUCACUUUUCCUGUGCUGCAGCAAUUAGGGUUGAUGUCCCACCGGAGUGCCUGUUCCACAUUCAGCUUGCAGUGGCCAGCAGGGAAGUGAGAAAAACCUUUGUUAUUAAUGGCUAAAAGUGGGAAGGAAAAAAAGGAGAGAGAAAAAAUACUAUUCCCCAAUGUCCUCUAAUAAGCUUACUCUGAAACCAUUUUAAGCCUUGUGUGGGUUUUUGACACCCAAGUGCUUCAGGAGCUGCUGCCAUUCGUUAUCAUAGAAUCUUUAAUGUUGGAAAAGACCUCUAAGAUCACCAUGUCCAACCACCAACCCAUCCCCACUGUGCCCAAUAACCACAUCCCUCUGUGCCACAUCUCCAUGGUUCUUGAGCACCUCCAGGGACAGUAAAUUCCCCCCUCCCUGUGCAGCCUGUGCCAAUGCCUCAUUACUCUUUCUGAGAAGAAUUUUUUCCCAUUCACUCCAUUAGUGCACACGACAAUAGGUCCUCAGUGUGCAGAGCCCUUCAACCACCCUUCCCAUCCCGUGGCAGCAGAUUCAGACUACUCCAGCAAUUAAACCUUUCGGUAUCACUAAGUCUGGUGUAUGGCAGGGACAGGGGGACGUGGUGAGUGGGCAUGGUGGGGAUGGAUUGGCAGUUGGACUAGAUGAUCUUAGAGGUCUUUUCCAACCUUAAUGAUUCUAUGACCCUUAGUCCUGCUGGGCUUGCUGGAGGUCCAGAGCUCCAUCUGAGGGAGCUUUUGCUGUGAGUGGAAUUUCAGGUUCAGUCUUUGAUCAGGGCUAAUGAGCAGUGAUGAGUGGACAAGCAGUAGAGUGAUGCAAGUGAUGCUCUGCCACCCUUGUGCUUAAAUACAGCUUUGCCAAGCUGGAACUCUUUGGGCUGAGCCGUGUUUUAUGUCAGAAGUCUCUUCUUCCCUUUCAGUAAGUGUAAUGGAGUUGUUUUCACUCACAUCCAAAUGCUACAACAGAUUCUGCAGCUACAUCCUUGUCCCUCAGCUCUGUUUGGGAAGAGAAUCUGAACUCAGGAAGAUGUUCUUUCUGAAGGUGGAGGUAACCUUUGGCCAUCUUAAGACUCACCUCCCAUAGGAGCAGUUUGCAUCCUUAAACAAUUACAUACAGAAAUUUGCCAUAACACAAAACAGAAACUUGCCAGCAAACAAACCCUCAGAUGCAGUGUUAGCUGCAGGUGGGUCUGAGCAGGGCUCCCACAGCUACAGGGUUCUGUGUGGAAAACCUUCCUUCAGGCUCUGCCUGUGCCCUUCUGGAUCCAGGCACAGAGAGGCUGUAAGAAGUGCAGGAGCUGAUUUCAUUACAAAGUCUCAGAGGGAUGGAGCUGGCAAAAAGAAGAGUGGAUUGGGCAGAUAAUGGCCAGUGAACCUGAACAGCCUGAGCUGGGCCUGAGCUGGUGUACGGGUCCAGCAACUUUGGAGAGACAGGAUCUAAGCAGACAGGGGUGGAGCAAGCUCAUAGGCAAAGCUCUAGAAUCUGUGCCCUUCUAAACUGUACAUAAUACACUGAGCUACAACGUGCUUUAUGUGCUACAGGGCAAUUUCCGAUUAGCACUGUCUUCAUUUUCUUCAUAUCUGAUUUGGGAUUCUGGAUGAACGUCUUGCAUUCAUUGGUGCUGCUGAAAUCAGCAGGGGUUGUGCUCUGAGCAAAAUAUCCCAGAAACAUUGUGUCCUGGGCAAUUUAAAUUGGGCUUUGAGGCUCCACGGGUGAUAUCAUACCUCAGUUCUGUUGCAGAUCAGAGGGUUCUUUUAAAAUGUAAAUAAAGGCAUGAAUAAAGGCAUUACACAGCA